AUCACAAACAUAAACCGCAGAGCAAGAAACGAAAAGAACUCAAAACAACGUCGUUCAAGCCAAAACAAGUGACUUGUCCUCUAAGUCGAAUUCUAUUUUUCUUCAAAAACCCCGCAGAUCUCACAGAGAAGCAACGCAAAACCCAGGCUAAAACAAGAGAAAACUGAAACCUAGCCAUGGCUCGAUACGAUCGUGCAAUCACAGUCUUUUCUCCUGAUGGCCAUUUAUUUCAAGUAGAAUAUGCUCUCGAAGCUGUCCGUAAAGGAAACGCCGCCGUUGGUGUCCGUGGCACUGAUAUUGUCGUUCUCGGUGUUGAAAAGAAAUCCACCGCUAAACUUCAAGAUUCUAGAUCAGUGAAGAAGAUUGUAUCUUUGGACGAUCAUGUGGCACUAGUAUGUGCUGGAUUGAAGGCAGAUGCCCGUGUCUUGGUUAACAAGGCACGGAUUGAGUGCCAAAGCUAUAGGCUAACUGUUGAGGAUCCUGUAACUGUUGAAUAUAUAACGCGUUAUAUUGCUGGUUUGCAACAGAAAUAUACACAGAGUGGUGGUGUGAGGCCAUUUGGUCUUUCGACCUUGAUUGUUGGCUUUGACCCACACUUGGGUGUCCCCUCUCUUUAUCAAACUGAUCCUUCUGGAGCUUUUUCAGCAUGGAAAGCUAAUGCUACCGGGAGAAACUCAAACUCAAUGCGGGAGUUUUUGGAGAAAAACUAUAAGGAAACUUCUGGGCAAGGAACUGUGAAGUUAGCUAUCCGUGCUUUACUUGAAGUUGUUGAGAGUGGGGGGAAGAACAUAGAAAUUGCUGUGAUGACAAAAGACCAGGGGCUGCGGCAGCUUGAAGAAGCUGAGAUUGAUGCAAUUGUUGCUGAGAUCGAAGCAGAGAAAGCAGCGGCUGAGGCUGCAAAGAAAGCUCCACUGAAAGAUUCCUAGACCUGCUGUAGUUCUCAUACAUCACCUUGUACUGUCCAAGUGAUUUAGUUUCUUCAUUGCUAUAUCACAUUGGUUUGUUUCCUGUUGUCAGACACCUGAUUUCAAGUCUCUGCCAGCCUUCAUUUUGUGUUUCUUCUCUUAUAUCCUCUCAUUUGAAAUGGUCACAACUGCUUUAUGUUUCCUAGCAAUGUUGAACGUUUCGAUUCAUGCUAUUUUCAAAGUUCUGCUAAAA